CGCUCUGAUUGGAUGACGCGGCCGCAGUCUCCGCCCGGAAGUGGGGAGUGCUCAGCUGUUCCGUGCAUUUUUUUUUAUUGCCCAAAGAUGGCGGCACAGACAACGGACGGGAUCCGUCUGAGUGCGCUGUGCCCCAAGUUUCUGCACACCAAUUCCACAAGUCAUACGUGGCCGUUCAGUGCGAUUGCGGAGCUUAUAGAUAACGCCUAUGAUCCUGAUGUCAACGCCAAGCAAAUAUGGAUCGAUCAAACCAAUAUAGGGGACCACCUGGUCUUAACGUUCACAGACAAUGGAAAUGGGAUGAAUUUGGACAAACUGCACAAGAUGCUGAGUUUUGGAUUCAGUGACAAGGUUGCAGUACAGGGUCACGUUCCUAUUGGCCUUUACGGAAAUGGUUUUAAAUCUGGAUCCAUGCGCCUGGGUAAAGACGCCAUCGUGCUGACCAAAAAUGAUUCUGGGAUGCAUGUGGGAAUGUUGUCUCAGACCUACCUGGAAGACAUUAAGGCAGAACACGUCAUUGUGCCCAUCAUCUCCUUCAACAAGCAGAAGCAGCUGGAGAAGACUCGAGACUCGGAUACAAAUCUACAGGCCAUCCUGAGACAUUCUUUUCUGAACACGGAACGGGCCCUGCUGGCAGAACUGGAUGCAAUCCUUUCAAAGAAGGGAACAAGGAUCAUGAUAUGGAAUAUAAGAAGGGAUAAAAAUGGAAUGCCAGAAUUUGAUUUUAUUUCGGACAAGUAUGACAUAAGAAUUCCUGAGGAGUUUGAUGGAUCUUCCAGAAAGGGAUAUAAGAAGCAAGAAAGGCCCGAUCUUGUUGCUCCAGACAGCGAUUAUUCUCUAAGGGCUUAUUGCAGUAUUUUGUAUUUGAAGCCUCGGAUGCAGAUCGUUCUUCGGGGUCAAAAAGUUCAGACACAACUUGUUUCCAAAAACCUGGCACAUAUAGAAAAAGACGUCUACCGACCCAAGUCUAUUUCCCAUAGACCUGUGAAAAUCAUUUUUGGUUACAAUUGUCGGAACAAGGAGCACUACGGCAUAAUGAUGUACCACAAGAACAGGCUGAUCAAGGCCUAUAUGAGAGUCGGCUGUCAGCUGAAGGCUAACAACAUGGGUGUUGGAGUGGUCGGGGUUAUUGAAUGUAACUAUCUAAAGCCUACACACAACAAACAGGACUUUGACUAUACAAACGACUAUAGACUUACGCUGACUGCAGUAGGAGAGAAGCUGAACGAUUACUGGAAUGAGAUGAAACUAAAGAAAGAUACAUUAAGUGUCCUGGUAGAAGAUGAGCAAAAAAGACCUGAUCAGACCUGGGCCCAGUGUGAUACUUGUCUAAAGUGGAGAAAACUUCCUGACGGUAUGGGGAAACUUCCAUCAAAGUGGUUCUGUCAUAUGAACCCAGACCCGCAGUUCAGAGACUGCAACGUCCCUGAGGAACCGGAGGAUGACGAUGAAAUUACUCACUCGACCUAUGAGAAGACGUACAAAAAGAGGCAAUCUGAAAUGCUUGCACAGGCCUUUACGAAGCCAACAAUCCUGUUUACUCCUCCAAGUAAAGAAGUGCAAAUGGUUCUUAACAAUUUUCAGACCCACUAUAGACAGACUCAUGCUGCAAAUUCCUCUCCCCUGGGGGUGUCGGAGACCUCUGUGCAGCCCGGUACAACCCCCUCUAGGCUAAAACAUUUAACUCCUAUGGAAACCUCUCCAGUUUCUGCUAAAAGGCCGCGGGUUACUGUAACGGAGACCAUAGAGCUUCCAGAUGGAGAUGACGAUGACGACCUUGAUGAUGGAGAUGUGAUUAUCAUUGAGGACGUCAGUACACCCAAACCCAAGAAUGACAAAGUACAACCCCAAAACGGUGCUGGUUCCAGUCCUGUCCCUAUGGAGAGUUUAAAUGGGGAAACUUCAGGCAUGCAGGUUAUGUCAGCAGCCACCACACAGACGGACGUGCCAUCGAUAACUAUUAAGAAGGAAGAAGACGAUUCCUAUGAUACACCAAGUCAGCCCAUCUUCAUAAACUGCAAUGGUACGACGACACAUAACAUGCAGGACCAAGUGAAUGGCGAUAUAGAAUACUAUAAACGGCGCUGUGAAGAACUGAGCAAAAAAAUGAAACAUUUAGAGGAUAUCAGAUGUGAACAAGAAGUGAAAAAAGAGACUUCUCGCCCGCAAGCACAGAGCGCUCCCGGUUCUGGGGACCUCAAUUCUAAAUACGAUCAGGCCUUGAGGGAGAUCAGCCGGCUGAAUCUAUUGUGUAAGAAGCUACAGGAGAUGAAGGCCGAGCCCGGCUCUUCUACAGCCAGUGACGUCAACGACACAAGUGAGAUGGACGACAUGGUAUUACAACUAGAUGACGUAUUCCGGAAGUUUGAUUCUUGUUCGGCAGAAAAAGAUCAGUACAAAAAAGAGAUUGAGCAGAUAAAGCUGGAGAAGCAGAAGCUGGAGGACCAGAAUGACCAACUCCGGAGGGAAUUACAGAAACUAAAGGAAGCGGCCAAUGGGCAUGACGCCUCCACCAGUGCGCUUGACCAGGAAAGGAUCAAAUUACGGACUCUGAGAAUUCACGUCGCCCAGUUACUCACCACGUUGAUGCCAGAGCUGGAUUUGGAGCAGGUGGACUACGAUGUGGACGUAGUGGAUGAGAUUUUAGUCCAAGUGCUGGAGCAGGCAGAGAAACAAGCCAAUGGCCACGAAUAACGAAAGCGCGCAAAUCUGAGAACGUUUGAUCCAAAACUUUUAUUUAAGUCUUGCGAUGAAUCAUGUGGCUUCUGACCGCUGCUCAGAACCGGAAUCUCCGGCGCUCCUGGACUCCUUGCGGCAGAUGGCUCUCUGGAUACUGCAUAUAAUGUUCUGUCCUUUUUUUUGAUUUUUGAUUUUAUUUUUAUUUUUUUUCAAGAGAAGAUUUAUACACAAGGUGGAUACCUCAAUUUUAUACAGAUUUUACUAAAUAUAUAAUAACCGGCUGUAUUUUUCAUACGUAAAAAAAAUUGCCAAAUGAAGCUACAGUGAAUGAUAAUAUUUUAGGAUACCGUUGUAACAUUGGUGUUUUGUAAAGAUGGAGACUUAAGUCUACAUUUUUUUUUUUUUGUUUUUUUAUAUGGGAGAGGUUGGUGUCAAGUUUUGAUCAUGUAGUUGUGUAAGUAUAACUCCCAGUAUCCCUUUUUAGGCAGAAGCAGUGUGGGGAAAUGCAUAUAGAUUUUUU